AAUUGACAUAAUUUACUAUUCGUUGAAAUAUUUUUUAUCCAAAUUAGUAACUAAUUUUCAUUUUCAAUUUUUUGUUUAUUUCUUUACUUUUGGGGUUAAUUGAUUUGUUUAAAUUAUGGUUUUAUUUAUUAUUUCCAAGUAAUUUUUCCUUUAUUUUUUUUCACAAGUCUUUUUUCCUUAAAGAUUUAUCUCAAUACUAUAUCUUUUGUUGUAUUCCUUAUUUGUUAAAGUAGUUCCAUUAUGAUAACAUUUUCUAAGAAUAUCCUUGGGAAGUUCAUUCCUAAGAACUUAUUCUCAUCCUCACGACUCUUUUCAACCUUUACUCCUAAAGGGCCAACUAAGGAAAUGAACAUGUGUACAGCAAUCAACGACGCCAUGCACAUCUCCAUGGCCGAAGAUCCCACUACUUGUGUGUUUGGUGAAGAUGUUGCCUUUGGAGGAGUCUUCAGAUGUUCAGUUGGUCUUUUGGAUAGAUUCGGUGAAGGUCGUGUUUUCAAUACUCCAAUAGCUGAAAAUGGCAUUGUAGCAUUUGGGAUUGGUAUGGCAGCUCUUGGACACAAUGCAAUUGCUGAGAUUCAAUUUGCUGAUUACAUAUUCCCAGCUUUCGAUCAGAUUGUGAAUGAGGCUGCAAAGUUUAGAUACAGAUCAGGUGGUGCUUGGGAUGUUGGAAAGCUUACUAUAAGAUCAACUUGGGGUGCUGUUGGUCAUGGAGGGUUGUACCACUCUCAGUCACCUGAAUCUCAAUUUGCUCAUGCAGCUGGGCUUAAGAUAGUUGUUCCCAGAGGCGCUUAUCAAGCUAAGGGUUUAUUACUGAGUUGUAUCAGAGACCCUAACCCUGUCAUUUUCUUUGAACCCAAGAUGCUCUACAGGCAAAGUGUAGACCAGGUUCCAGUUGAAGAUUACCAAAUCGAGUUAUCAAAAGCUGAAGUGCUAAAAGAAGGCAAAGACGUGACAAUGGUUGGGUAUGGUACUUCAGUGGGUUUGAUGUUGAAGGCAGCCAAGCUGGCUGAGGAGGAACAUGGCCUCAGUGUUGAGGUUAUUGACCUCCAAACUGUAUUCCCCUGGGAUGUUGACACUGUAGAACGCUCGGUUAACAAAACGAAAAAACUCAUAGUAACUCACGAGGCUCCCAAAACGCUUGGAAUGGGUUCUGAAAUAGCCGCAACAAUUACUGAAAGAUGUUUUUACAAGUUAGAAGCACCAGUAAAAAGAGUGUGUGGCUACGAUACUCCUUUCCCUCUGGUCUAUGAAAAGUACUACCUUCCUGACCAGUACAAGUUACUGGAGGCUGCCAUCCAAAUCUGUAAAUAACGGAAAUUUUCUAUAUAUAUUAAGAAACUCUCAUUUAAUUGUUUAAACUUAAAAUAAAUUAGUUUAAUUUUAUUACUACACCA